UCUUCUUCUUCUUCUUCUUCUUCUUCUCGUUCUGACUCUCUCUUCCUUUUUUUUUGUUCGGACAAAGUUGAAUUGUGGCUGAUGCGCAUACUACGAUCGCUCUUGUCCAAUCUCUUCCGCUCACCGAGUAAACGCGAUUACGCGCACGUUCACGACGUGCAGAUUAAGUGGGACGGUGUGUUGAGUGGGAAGGACUCUUCUUCUACGGCGAAUAUGGCGCUCAAUGUUUUCAAGCAACCCCUCGCACUACACUCGACUCAACCGCUAACGGGCUUCACGCGGACCGGAUACUGCGAGGUUCCGCCGUCGGAUGCGGGUAACCAUGCCAUUGCGGGUAUCGUUUCAAAGGAGUUUCUGGACUUUUCGGCGGCUCGUGGUAAUGAUUUGCGCCAAGUGGGGCUGACGGAUGGCUGCAAGUGGUGUUUGUGUGUGAGUCGAUGGAAGGAAGCGUUUGAUGCACGGACGGGGCUGGAUGAUAAAAAAGUGCCCAAGGUUGUGCUCAAGGCGACGAAUGAGAAGGCCUUGAGGGGGGUAUCGAUGGAGGAUCUGAAGAAGUUUGCGGUGGAUGCGAAGUAGAAUGAUGGGAAGGUUGAUGAAAUUGCUAUUGGGUAUGCCCUAUGACCUAAACUAAACAUUACAAAAUUCUUAUGGCUACGUUCACAUCACUCUUUUUUCCUCCUAUACAUUCAAGAAAAAAAUUCCU